GCUGCUAGAAUAUUUACAUUUCGAAUUUUAUGUGUUCGUUUGCGGAAAAUUUAUCGAGUUCGUCACUUGUAAAUUUAAUCCUUUCGGGUACGCGAAGGAUUCGAAUGAUAGCAGACCGCGCUCGCUGCUGUUUUCGAGUGUCGAGUUAUUUUAUGCAAAUUAUUUGCUAGCCAUUUUCAUUAAAUAUCAAAUGCCAGCUUGAAGGAAAAAAAACGACGUGGUGUGAUAGUAGGUUAAAGAAACACCAAUAGUGCAAUUCGUCAAUCGUAUCGAAGAAGUGAAUGGUAGCAAGACAUCUUGUAGUUUCGAUUAUUACGUUGCCGAAAUUACCGGCUCAGUGUGCGUUGUCCCUAACGGUGAACAAUUUUUAAAUAUCUUUGCCAAACGAGCUUCGAACCUUCAAAGAAUAGUCAGAUUGGAUUGGAUGACACUAUCUACACAGGAAUCACUUUAGUGCUGGGAUGUCGCUGAAAAUGUUGAAUAUGUAGAUGUGUAAACAGUGAAAAUAGUGAAAAAUAAGCGCAUAUUUAGUCUAUCAAAAUCGCAUCAGUGGAGGUUGGCGUCAAAGUGUUCUGUUGUGAAACGAUAGUUUGAAAAAAAAAUUGCGAUAAGUGAAGUAAACAGCCUUAAAACCACAACCCCAUACGUGCAAUUAUUCGUUUAUUGUGUCAACAGAAGUAUACCAGAUCGUGCGAUCAGCCGAUUGAUUCGUUGUCUCAAUCGCGAGAGGCAGACAGGGUUUAGGAGAUGGAUUCAUUUGGCUCACCCUGGCCGGCCUCGCCUCGUGAUGGGCUUGAAACGCUAUCAAACGAUGGCGUCCCGAUGGAUGCCCUGGCCGAGCUUCAGGACGGAGCUUUCGAGCCUCAAACACGUGCCCGUUCCAACACUUGGCCUCUGCCCCGGCCGGACAACUGUGACGAACCGGAAGUAGAAUCCGAAAGCAAUAAGUGUAGUAAUCAGCAGCUGGCAAGUGCGGGUGCCAAUGCAAAUCAACCGCAAUCAGUGUCAUCCACAACGAAGAAAAACUCAUCGCGCCGCAACGCUUGGGGUAACCUGUCGUACGCUGAUUUAAUUACACAAGCAAUUAGUUCAGCAGGUGAUAACCGACUAACGCUCAGCCAGAUCUAUGAAUGGAUGGUGCAGAAUGUGCCAUAUUUUAAAGAUAAGGGAGACUCCAACAGUAGCGCAGGAUGGAAGAAUUCAAUCAGACACAAUCUAUCGCUGCACAAUCGAUUCAUGCGAGUACAAAACGAAGGAACCGGCAAAUCGUCCUGGUGGAUGCUGAACCCGGAUGCCAAACCCGGCAAGUCGGUGCGUCGGAGAGCCGCCUCGAUGGAGACGUCCAAGUACGAGAAACGGCGGGGCAGGGCUAGGAAACGGGUCGAAGCAAUCCGGCAACAGGCGGCCUUGGGUCUUGCGACAAAUCCGCUAAACGACGCAACACCAUCGCCCAGCAGUAGCAUAAGUGAAAACCUAGACUCUUUUCCGGAAAGUCCACUGCAUAGUGGUAACUUUCAACUGUCCCCCGAUUUUCGGCAACGUGCCUCGUCGAAUGCGAGCUCGUGCGGGCGCCUCAGUCCAAUCCAGUCGAUAGUGGGCAUCGACACCACUUGGACCUAUCCGCCGGAACUAGCCGAGCUUGCGGACAAUCCUGAGGCUGGUCAAUCAGUAGAAUCGGAACUCAACGCACAGGGACAGGCUCAGUUGGAUCAACUGGCCGGAUCGCUGGCAGAUGAACUUACCCUACAGCAGACUGAUUUCUUCAAAGGGUUCAACCAAGCGACGACGCUGCAUAGCCAACCUCCUCCACCAUAUCAACCACCACAACCGUACUCUCUGCACGCGACGGUGGCACAGCCUUUUGGGUUCCAGCAGCAGCAGAGUCAGUGUCCCAUCCACCGCCUGCAGCAGUGCACCUGUAUGCUACAAAACAAUACCCGCGAGAGCAUGUCACCCGCAUCUGGAACCGGAAUGUCGCCAUCGUAUCCGCACAGUGAACCGUCUCCAGAUUAUGCGAUGUUGGUGGGGGCACGUGUGAUACAGCGAACGCCAUCAACCAGUCCUCCAUUGACACCCAAUACCAUUUGCGGCAUGGCGACGACGCAUCAAAACGACAAUACUCCGCAAACGUUAAUGGGCCAGUUCAUGGAAGCGCUUAAUAAUCAGACAAACAUAGACGACAUCAACAUUAACUUGGAAUCGUUCCCGGGUGGACUAGAGUGCAACGUUGAUGAGGUGAUAAAACACGAGCUUAGCAUGGAGGGAUCGCUGGAUUUCAACUUCCCAAUGUCAAACCACAGCACCUACACGCCGACCAACAGUUCCAAUUCGCAGGAUUCGACAAUCAGUGCAAUAGCCGCUACACCUAAUCAAGCGACUGCGCCGCUUCCCCAUGGCCAAUACACGGCACGGACAAGCGUCACGCCACCGUCCUGGGUACACUGAGGGUGGCUGUGAAUUGGAGCGCAUAUGAUGAAACAACCUCUGCAUCCAAGAUGUUUCACCAGCAGCUAGACAAAAAAGCGCUCCAAUACGGUUCCAGGCAACGGCAAACGGCGGUUUUCAGUCGGUAUCAAUGUCGAUCCGGAAUUACAUUCACUAUCAAGGGUACCCAAACAACGAAUGGGCAUCAUAACAAUUUAUGCGCUGCUGAGAUAGUUCCUUCUGAGGGUACGCGCAAUGUUCUCUGUCUUGUACAUAAUACUAUUAACAGAUAAUCAUUUGACCUAAGGCUAGCUUUUUGCAAUAAAUUGACUAUGCAAUUCAUGAGCGUUCGAAAUCAAAACGACCUUCUUCAUAAAACUAUCAACGACUUUUUGCUCUUGUUUGUAUUAGUGUGGUCUAACCCAGGAUAUGGAACUGCGUUGUAAACAUAACGAAUCCUUAAUUUUCUUUGCGCGCACCGCCAGGAGGUACUUUUUACGGAAUAAAUAGUAAAAUAAAUAACGAUAACAAUAACAUCUUUUCGAUUGGGUAAAUUCAACCAAGAGAUUGUAGGUAACCGUUGAAUACAUAGCGAAAAUUUUAUCUGAUAGUAGUUUUCUGCAGUAGGACUCACUAAGACAAAUAAUGAAACAUAGCGCUGUUUUACGUUUAAGCAAAAAUGAAUUGGUUUGUACGCUAAGAAUAAGCUUAAAAUAGACUAUUUUUUGUUGUUUCGUUUAAUUCAUUGCCUAUCAAACACUUUUAAUCUAUUGUUGAAUUUUGUUAGGAGCCUUUAGGAUACUUUCUUACAACUAAUCAAACUAUAGUGAUAUUACAGUUAGGCUCGGUAAAAGGCCCGGUGUUGCCUAAUCCUUUCUGAGACUCCCUGCAAGCGGAAAAGCGCAACAGGUUGUUCAGAAAUUUAGGCACGCCCUACCGCGCAGUGGGCGGUGUGGAAAACGAUGCUGUCAGUAGCUAACGCACAAACCAUUUUCCGCUUCUUGUGCUUUUAGCUCAACCCCUUGUUUUCGCUGCCAGCUUUUUGGCUCGAACCAAUAGGGCGGCAUCUUCCGUUAAAAGCAAAAUUGCUGUCGUUUCGUGGAAAAAUUCAGCAACUAAAGCUUAACACGUGGAAGCAAUCAGUAGAUGAUACACAUUUUGGGUUCUGCUUUACGUUAUUGUAGUGUAACCAGUGCCAUUUAAAGAAUCUUGUAUGAAUUUCAAUCUACGCUAUAAUCCUCUCCGGAAAAAAAACAGUGCUCCGUCAGACAGAUGAAAACAUGUAAAUAAAUACAAUUCGAUUGCUAACAAUUUGUACAUAUAGUUACCAAAUAUGAUUCGUAGUAAAUCUAAGUCGGCUAACCCAUCCCUAACCUAGGUGAUAGUUGAUCAGUUAUUGUUAUAAUGAGCUAUUAUCUUUUUUCCGUUCAACUGCAUCGAUGAGGGAUUCUUCGAUUAUGAAAGAAUGAAAUUACUAGUAUAAACCAAUUUGGCGAUAACAUUGUUUUAAUCAUUAAAUGUAAAUAUUACGAUAAAAUAGGUGGAAACAUUUAAUUAUAAGCUAAUGUCUAAUGAAGAUGAGGUUAGUAGAAGAAAUCAAAAGUAUAUUCAUAGUAACAACCUUACUAUCGUAGAAACAUAAUAAUAAGAAUAAUAAGCGAAUAACGUUUGAUUGGAAUCAGAACAGAAAUUAGACUUCACAUACACACACAAACACUUAUCCGAUAUCGUCGAAAUUAGUAGAACAAGUUGAUCUUCAAUGACCAGUGAAUAUCGUGAAAAUGAAUGUGUUCGUAAAAUUAAUUUUUAAUUCCAUUUUAAAUUACUUUUGUUUUCCGAGACCUGUUUCUGUAGUGAAAGGAACACUGCGGUAGUGAAAAAUGCUGAAGAACAAUUGUUAUGAAUUCUUGAAAACAAAAUGGAAAAGCGAUCGUGCUAGUGAAUGAUCGAAUGAAAUCGCUAAGGUAAUUUGUGGGAAAAAUGUUGCUUCGUACAAAUUAAUUUAUAUUGCAGGAAAAGGAAAAUGUGUAAAGCGCAAAACAUUGACUUUGGGUUGUUGAAUCAAAUUGGAUCAAUAAGAA